ACAUGAGUUAGCCUUCAAUUUGAUUUAUUUUUGAGCAUGAACGGUGCAGCAUUUGCGCGAAUGCUGUGCAUUGAUCUACCCAUAUUUCCCCUCGAUCAUACCGACAGUGUUUGCGUAUUGGUACACCAAAAGUAACGUUACAUCAACUUGCAGCGCGUUCGGAUUUUAUCGAACAAAUGCAUCAAAUUGAAUGCGUAGACGGGUUUACAGAAAUGGUAGCAGAAGAUGAAUGUUGAAGUUUUGUUGCACGCAUAUCAAGAUGACGCUGCGUACCAUUUUUCUCAAAACAGUGUAGGUGUGUUCCAUGUGUAGAAUCAACAAAGUUGCGCCAACGCUGCGUUUUCAGACACGCUUAAUCGAACGCGAAGCAAUACACAUUGGUAACAAACAACAAAUCCAGGCUUCAGCUGUUUGGUUGAUCUUAUGGACCACUUGGCAUCUUUUGGAAAUGACCCUUCUGACAAGCCCCCAUGUCGAGGUUGCUCAUCUAACCUGGUGGAACCCUAUAUAAAAUGUGCGGAGUGUGGACCCUCACCUUUCCUUCUCUGUCUCCAGUGUUUUACCAGAGGGUUUGAGUUCAAGAAACAUGAGAGUAAUCACAAGUAUGAAAUCAUGACAUCAGACUUCCCUGUGCUGGAACCUAGCUGGACAGCACAGGAGGAGAUGGCCCUUCUGGAAGCAGUCAUGGACUGUGGCUUUGGGAACUGGCAGGAUGUGGCGUAUCAGAUGCGCACCAAAAACAAGGAGGAGUGUGAAGCCCACUACAUGAAGAACUUCAUCAACAAUCCCCUGUUCUCCUCCACCCUGCUCAACCUCAGACAGAUAGAGGAGGCUCGUACUGCAGACACAGCCAUUCCCUUCAAACCCACUGACGACCCCCCCAGGCCCACCUUUGACUCCCUGUUGUCUCGAGACAUGGCUGGAUACAUGCCUGCCAGAGCAGACUUCAUGGAGGAAUUUGACAACUAUGCUGAGUGGGAUCUGAAAGACAUUGAUUUUGUGGAUGAUGACUCAGACAUACUACAUGCGCUGAAGAUUGCCGUUGUUGACAUAUACCAUUCAAGGUUAAAGGAGAGAGGAAGAAGAAAGAAGAUAAUCCGGGACCAUGGACUGAUCAACCUGAGGAAGUUCCAAAUUCUGGAGCGUCGCUACCCUAAGGAGGUACAGGAUCUGUAUGAUGCUAUGAGACGUUUUGCCAGGGUGGUGGGCCCCAUCGAACACGACAAGUUCAUAGAGAGUCAUGCAUUGGAGUUUGAGCUGAGGAGAGAGAUCGGCAGGCUACAGGAGUACAGGAGAGCAGGCAUCCAGUCUUUCUGCAGUGCCAAGGUGUAUGAGCGUGUGAAGCAGGUGAGGGAGGAUGAGCGGAGGAAGAGGACCAUGCUAGUUGAUGUGCUGCAGUACAUUCAGGACGGACGGGCCUGCCAGCAGUGGCUCAGCAAACAGGCUGCCAUUGACGCUGGUAUCACUCCUGUUGUCACCACCAUCACCACAUCAGCAACAGGCAGGAGAUGCGCCCCUCCUCUCAACCUGACUGGCCUGCCAGGGACAGAGAAGCUCAACGACAGGGAGAAAGAGUUGUGCCAGGUGGUGCGUCUGGUGCCAGGUGCCUACCUGGAGUACAAGCAGGCUCUGCUGAACGAGUGCAGGCGGCAGGGUGGUCUACGGCUGGCACAGGCCCGGGCACUCAUCAAGAUCGACGUCAACAAGACACGCAAGAUCUACGACUUCCUGAUCAAGGAGGGCUACAUCAACAAAGCCUAGGCCAGCCUGAGAGACAGGUUGUGUCCUAAAUGGGACCAUUUUCCCUAUAUAGUGCACUACUUUUGACCAGAGCCAGGUGUAAUUUGGGACCCAUUCAGAGUCAGGACUGUUCCAGCAGGGAUCAUGGCUGGACUGGACACUAACUGAUACAUUUUAUACUCAUGUUGUUUUGGUGAAAUGAUGUUGUCACGUGCUGUGAGAACUAAGUUUCAAUGGCCCUCCUUUGUUUGAAUGUUUGUUUUCCUAUCGUAUCUCUAAAUUUGUCAUCAACUUCAGGUCCUACAUUUUGCAUCAGUCUUGCCUUGUAUAUGUUCUAACUUCUAACCAAACUGACAUACCUUCCUAUUUGUACAGUACUUUAUUGUCAGUGACACAGCAGCAGAUAAGAAAAUAACAGUGUAUUUAUUUCUCCUGUAAUAAAAUGUUUUAUGUAAAAAGUA